AUCGAGUGUGAGCGACGGGCAUGGUUGGCAACAAUGGCAACACCGUGAAGUGUGCGUUUCAACAAUCGGCGAUAACCCGGUGUAUUCCGGAAGUCCGCGGCGAGAGUUGCGACCGGCGCGGGCGAGUACGGGGUACUCGCGCGGGAUCGGAGCCACGGGGGAGGCGCUCGACGAGCAUCGUGGCAGCGGAUCUCAUAUGAUCGGCCGCGCGGCACCUCGCGUGAAAGCAACCGCAGCAGCGUCAUGGGCUUGAUCUCAGAUCCGCUUCUGUUCGCGAUCGCGCUGCUCGACACGGGCUGCGUGCUAUUCCUUUUGGUGUAUUACAUUAUAACGCUGUCGGAUCUUGAGUGCGAUUACCUGAAUGCGCAAGAAUGUUGUUCCAAAUUGAAUAUGGGAGUGUUGCCAAAGUUAAUAGCACACACGUUUCUGGUGUUCCUUCUGUUGAUACACGGACAGUUGAUAUUAACGCUGGUGAACGUACCGAUGACGAUAUGGUUGUUUUACGAAUACUUUAGCGUUCCCAGUGGCAACAUGGGGGUUUACGAUCCCACGGAGAUUCACAAUCGCAGCCAGCUGAAGAGAUAUACGCGCGAUUGCAUGAUUCAUCUCGGAUAUUGCCUCGUGUUCUUUUUCAUUUAUCUCUAUUGCAUGAUUGUGGCUUUGCUCAAGGGAGAUCCAAUCAACAGAAACGACGACACCAUAAUAGAAUUGUAAGAUGUCGAGAGAGAGACUAACGAUAAGGCAAAGAAACCCCUUUUAUAUAUCUUGUUUACGUUAUCUCAUAUUCUAACGAUAUUAUGUCGUUAUACUCUAACAAUAUAUUCUAAUAUAUAUAGCAUAAGAAUAUAUAUGUAUAUAUAUAUUAGAAUUGUGCGAUCAUGUUAUACAUAUUCUAAUGAUAUAUAAGAAUAUUUUAAUUCCAUAUAUCCGAUUCACGGCACAUCACGUUCUUUAAAUAAGUAUUGUUUAUUGAUUCUCUCUUUUUUUAUUAUAUCCAUUGUUUAAGUAUCCAGCUGGACACGCGUACUACUUUCGAACGAUCUGUUAUCCUUAACGGUUUCCAUUUAUUUCAAGGCAGCAAUUUGAGAUAAAUAUUUUUCGCUCGUUUACCCAACACUUUUGAUAACUCCCCUGAUUUGAAGGCCUCGGACUGUUGAUCGCGUUAAGGUUUAACGAAAUAAAUGGGAACCGUGUGAAUGCCAGACGAAAUACCAAAUAUAUCAUCGUGUCCGUUCGCGCGUAACGCGCGCGAGCGAUCGUAAGUUUCUAGUCCUAAAGAAGUAAGAACGAAAGUCUGUAUCACAGCAGGGAUUGCAUGUUUAAGGGCAGCAAUACAAUCGUCAUAUUUUAAUAUUA